GCAGUCCUAGACCGCGGAGCCGGAGCCCAGGCCAGCUCCCGCGCCUCGCCUGCCCGCGUCCCGUCCGCGCCUCUCGGCCCCAUCAUGGCCCGGGCUCGGGCCCUCCUCCUGCCGCUGCUCCUGCUAUUGGCAGCGGCGACGGGCCCCGCGGCCGCGCAGGACAGCUGCACGUGCCCCACCAACAAGAUGACCGUGUGCAGCUGGGACAGCCAGAGCGGCCGCUGCCGGUGCAAGGCGAUCGGCACGAACCACGACGUCAACUGCUCCACGCUGACCUCCAAGUGCCUGCUGCUCAAGGCGCGCAUGCAACGGCCCAAGGGGGGGCGCGGGCUGGUGCGGCCGAGCGAGCACGCGAUCGUGGACAACGACGGCCUGUAUGACCCGGAUUGCGACCGAGAGGGCCGCUUUAAGGCCCGCCAGUGCAACCAGACGUCGGUGUGUUGGUGCGUCAACUCGGUGGGCGUGCGCCGCACUGACAAGGGCGACCAGAACCUGCUUUGCGACGAGCUGGUGCGCACCCACCACAUCCUCAUCGAACUGCGCCACCGCCCGGCCGCGCGCGCCUUCAACCACACGGACCUGGAUGCUGAGCUGCGGCGCCUUUUCCGCGAGCGCUACCUGCUGCAGCCCCGGUUCGUGGCGGCCGUGCACUACGAGGAGCCCACCAUCCAGAUCGAGCUGCAGCAGAACUCGUCGCAGAAGGCCCCCGGCGACGUGGACAUCGCGGACGCCGCCUACUACUUUGAGAGGGACGUCAAGGGCGAGCCGCUCUUCUCCGGCCCGGAUACCUUCGACGUGCGCGUGCGCGGCGAGCCUCUGGCAGUGGAACGGACCCUCAUCUACUACCUGGACGAGAAGCCCCCCCGGUUCUCCAUGAGGCGCCUCACGGCCGGCCUGGUCGCCGUCAUCGUGGUGGUCGUGAUUGCCCUCGUCGCCGGGGUGGCGGUCCUGGUGAUCAGUAACCGGAGGAAGUCGGGGAAGUACAAGAAAGUGGAAAUCAAGGAACUGGGGGAGUUGAAUAAGGAACCGAGCUUGUAGGUACUGGGCGGGACAGGGGGUGAGGCGGGGUACUGGAUUUCAGCAUCGUCCCAGAUUGAAGUGAGUAACGCUUCUUGAUUUUGGCCCAAAGGAGAUAUUUCUUCUCCGAAAUCUCUUGCCCUCCCCACCACCAAGUUUAGUAAAUACUGUUUAGAAACUUUUCUAAAAUUCCCUCCCUUUCGGUCCAACAAGACACCUGAUUCCGAGAGUUAAAGAAAGGGUGGCGUUGGUUAUGUACGAGAAGCCAGUGAAUGACAACCCAGGCAAGCAUUGUUUGCAAGUGAUGGAGUCGAUUUUGAAGGUUUCAACGGGUGCAGAUGAGAAACUGUGCUUUUACUGGCUUGGCCUUAAGGUCUCUGAUUAGCUCCACUUGUAUCAUGGCCUUCCUGAUGGAAAGAGGACUUUGUUAAUUGGGCCUAUGUAGUAGCCCCAUUUACCAUCGUUUGUAUUACCCACCACAUAUGAUUGUCAUCAGGAAAGAAUCCUGUUUCAGCUGCCUGAAUACAAUUUAGAUGUUUCUGUUUGAGGGCAGACUCUGCCCCCGAAACUCAGCGUCAAUUCUUCAGCUCACCCUUAUUAAAAAAACAGCACCCUUAUUACAGCGGAUAUUAGUAAUCUUUCUUUUGUAGAAUGUUUGUACAUAUGUUUUCUUUGAUAAUGUUGCUGUGAUUUUUAAAAAAACAAAACAAAACAUGAAUUUAAUAAAAUACGGAAAAGACACAAACCAAAAGAUGAAGUUUGUGAAAACGUGCA